AUAAUAAAGUCAAAAUACAUAAUUUUCGUUGUCAAACCCUACAUUCCUAAUCCCUCGUUCAGGUGGCUGCCAAACAGAGCACCUCUUCAGCUCUUCUUCUCUUAUUAACUAAAACAAAGCCACUCUUCCUCUUCCUCUUAGAUUAGAUGCCAUCGUUACAAAAUCUCCUCCUCUGCCAUUGAAAGAGAAUCAACAGCCGGUACUUAUUAAGCGAAAAGACAGCAGGUAUGGAAGAAAUGAUGGUGGAGGAGAAACGAGAAGUAGAAGAAGAGGAGGUAAAGGUGGUGGAGGAGGAGGAGGAGGAGGAAAGAAUUCAGAGCUUCAAAGAAUUGGGAGUGUGCUCAGAGCUGGUGGAGGCGUGCGACAAUUUGGGAUGGAAAGCACCCACAAGGAUUCAGAUGGAGGCCAUUCCCCACGCCAUUCAAGGGAGCGACAUCAUUGGACUUGCCCAAACUGGUUCGGGUAAAACCGCUGCCUUUGCUCUGCCAAUUCUCCAAGCUCUUCUUCAAGCUCCCCAACCUUUCUUUGCCUGUGUCCUUUCUCCCACACGAGAGCUGGCUAUUCAAAUUUCUGAACAGUUUGAAGCUUUGGGAUCAGGGAUUGGAGUCAAGUGUGCUGUGCUUGUUGGAGGAGUUGCCCAAACUGACCAGAGCAUUGCCCUUGCUAAGCGCCCCCAUAUUGUUGUGGCAACCCCUGGUCGCCUCAUUGAUCAUCUUUCGAAUACUAAAGGUUUUACGCUGCGUAUGUUGAAGUACUUGGUAUUGGAUGAAGCAGACAGGUUGCUGAAUGAGGAUUUUGAGAAAUCACUAGAUGAGAUAUUGAAUGUUAUUCCUCGUGAAAGGAAGACAUAUUUGUUUUCUGCUACCAUGACAAAGAAGGUCAAGAAGCUCCAGAGGGCAUGUCUGAGGAAUCCUGUGAAGAUAGAAGCUGCAUCUAAGUAUUCCACAGUGGAUACGCUUAAGCAACAGUAUCGCUUUGUUCCUGCAAAGUAUAAGGAAUGCUAUCUUGUUUAUAUUCUAACUGAGAUGUCUGGAAGCACAUCGAUGGUGUUUACACGUACAUGUGAUGCAACUGGUCUUUUGGCUUUGAUGCUGAGGAACCUGGGCUUAAGGGCCAUCCCUAUUAGUGGCCAUAUGACCCAGGCAAAAAGACUCGGAGCCUUGAACAAGUUUAAGGGUGGAGAAUGUAAUAUCCUCAUUUGUACUGAUGUUGCUAGUAGAGGGCUAGAUAUUCCAUCUGUUGAUAUGGUUAUUAAUUAUGAUAUCCCCACAAACUCAAAGGACUAUAUACAUCGGGUUGGAAGAACUGCUCGUGCAGGACGAUCAGGUGUUGCCAUUUCAUUAGUCAAUCAGUAUGAGUUGGAGUGGUAUAUACAAAUAGAGAAGCUCAUUGGGAAGAAGUUACCCGAAUUCCCAGCUCAAGAAGAAGAAGUCUUGCUUCUGUUGGAGCGGGUCACGGAGGCUAAAAGAAUCUCUCAAAUGAAACUCAAAGAAACUGGUGGGAAGAAGAAACGAAGGGGAGGAGAUGACGUCGACGAAGAUGUUGAUAGAUAUUUAGGUUUGAAGAAUGGGAAAGCAAAAAAGUUUAAAAAUCGAUGAUGAUAGAAUGAAUGCAGCAGUAGCUUACAGGGUUUUCAGAUAUUAGCAAUCGGAAAUAUGAAAAGCUUAGGAAGAGAUCAUGAAGGGGGACGAUUUGAAAAUGUAAAAUCAUUUAAGAAGCCUGAGUAAAGAUCCCUACCAAUUUUGUUCCAUUUUAAUCCUAGAUGGGGUACGAUAGAAUUUUAUUUCUUUUUGCUUUUUAAAUAUAAUUGUAUUGUUGCCUAAAGGUUUCUAUAUUAUUGUUUAGAAACUGAUUAUGAAGUGAAAAAUUGUGCAUUUAUGGGC